CAGAGACAGAGAGCACGAAUGAGUGAAGAGAAAGACAAACUUCUAAGGUUCUUUUUUUUCCCCCCGUCUCCAGCUGGGUUUAGUGUAGUGUGGUUGACCAGCUGCAUUUGGUUUUCCUAUAAAUUUAUUUAUUUGUUUUUGAAGAGAGAGCUGGCUUGUGGAGUGGUCUGCCGAAGAGGUGGAACAGACUCUUGUCCGCUGUGAAGCAGCGGUGCUGGGAUAAAAAAAGGGGCUUUUCAGAUCCAUAUGGAGAAACUGAGGAACGGACAAAAUCAAAACAUGUCAGGAAAAGGCUAUGCAGGACUCCCGGGAGCAAAAGUCUCCGCCGACCACUUCCAGAGCACUAACGUGUCGGAUAACUUUGACAAGAAGACCCUGCCCCUGGGAGCCCAUCUGAGCGGGGCGGCACAGAACCAGCUUCUUCUGACUCCCGCCAGCUUGCAGCUCGCCCAUCUACAGGCCCAGCUCACACUACAGCGACUUAAACUAGCCCACAGUGCUGUGGGAGGGAACACUGCAGCCACUGCCGCUACUGUCCUCAAUCAGGUCCUCUCCAAUGUGGCCAUGUCCCAGCCGUUAUUCAACACACUCCGGGGAACAGCUAUGGUGAGUGGAUCACAGGGAGGUCACCCUGGGGGGUUCCCGACCAAUCCGCUGGCGUUCCCGCCACCAAAUUCAGCUUUGGGGACACUGGUAGGAGGAGGAGGCUUCCCCCAGAAACCUGGAGGGAUGAGGCUCAACCACUCCACACCAAACCCGAGUCAGGCACCUGGUCUUCAGGACUAUGGGAAGAAAGGGCCAACCUUUCCUUCAGACACCGAUCAUCAACCCCAGUAUGGCUUCCUGGGAGGGGCAUCAGUGGUGACCAGCAAAGGAAAUGAAGGGCAAUACAACACUCAGGCCAAGAGCAAUCAAGGAGGCUACCAGCAGAGGGAUUUCUUUGCUCCAGAUUCUCAGGGUGAAGUGUCUGUUUUUGGUGGCGGAGUAGGGGGAAGUGGACCCAGUGGUCAGACCCAUGAGGCUUUUCAAGGUUCUACUCAAAAGGAACCCUGGAAACAUCCAGGGGGCUUUCCUCAUGGUGGAAAGAUGGAUGUACCUCCAGGAGGCGUUGGCAGUGGGGGAGGUGGGGGUACAUCCUGGGUACCUGGUGGGCAACAGUUUCGUCCCAGGGUGGAGCUUUACAACCCAGAGGAGCCAACUACCGACCCAAAAUUCAGCCCGGCGGGCGGCCCAGGGUUUGGUACUGGUGGUGCGCAAGGAUUUGUGGGAUACCCGCAGCAGCUGCAGGCAGGGGAGGAUAUGGGCAGACUGGUCGGGAGCCCUACCCCCCUACAACCUCACCAGUUCAAUGACUUUCAGGCAGUUACACCAACACAGCUGCCACACCAAUGUACCAUCUGUGACAAGAAAGUCUACAACCUAAAGGACUGGGACCAGCACGUGAAGGGAAAGCUACACCUGCAGAACCGCGCUCUCUACACGGAAGGCUCGGCAGCUGGAGCCACUCACUAUCCCACGACAUCCGAAGGAUGUCUGAACACAGCGCUCGCUAACACCAUGGCAUAUUCUUCCGCCGCCAGUCAAGAUGUAUCAUCAGGACCUAUAGCCUCAUAUUUACCAACUGCAGCCAUGAAGUCAUUUCCCUUGUCUGGGGUUGGAUUUACCUCACACCAACACGGGGCAAAGUUCCCCCAGAGAAAACCUUUCCCUGGUCGCGUCGUCCACAUAUGCAACCUUCCUGAGGGCAGCUGCACAGAGAACGAUGUCAUCAACCUGGGCCUACCGUUUGGCAAAGUCACCAAUUAUAUUCUCAUGCGUUCCACACAUCAGGCCUUCUUGGAAAUGGCAUAUGUUGAGGCAGCACAAGCCAUGGUUCAGUAUUAUCAGCUCCAACCAGCCACAAUUAACAACCAGAAACUCCUGAUUAGGAUGUCAAAGCGGUACAAAGAAUUACAGCUCAAGAAACCAGGAAAGGAUGUCGACUCCAUUAUUCAUGAUAUUAACUUUCAGAGAGAAAGAGACGAAAUGCAAGAACUUGACCGGUACCAACCAGAGCGACCGAGGUCGCGCAGCCCACACCGAGGCUCCUUGAGCCCCCGCUCUCACAGCCCAAGCUUCACGUCCUGCAGCUCCACACACAGUCCACAGGGGGCGCCCUGCCGGCCUGAGUGGAACAACGGCAUGGGUCCCCGUCGGCCCUCCUGGGACUGGACGCCUCAUCCCCGUCGGGAAGACGAUCGGGAACGGGACGAGGGACUCUGGAGGAACGGUGAAGACGACGGAAGGCCCAACGGAAGAGUGCCCGAUCGCAGGAAAUCGUACCUAAAAGCUGGCGACCGCAUCAGCCCCAGGACUAUGGACGAGCGGGGUGGCAGAGACUGGUACUGCAGAGGUAGCCCUCAGGGUCCUACAUUCCCCUCCUACAGAGACAUGGACGACUUCUACAAGAAGGAGCACCUUUACAAAUCAGACAAGCCCUCCAGGCCACCUUAUCCACGACAUGAACUGAAGACGAAGAGGAGAGAGCCAUCAGACUAUCAUAGGCCCAGCAGGCAUUCAGAGUCCGACAUGUCUGAGGAGCCCAACCCACCUAGAAGUCCAGACGACAGGAGGCAAGGAUCGCCAGGGAGGGGAAGAAGCAAGAAACAGACCAGAAGACAAACAGAGGAGAAGGGCGAGAAAGAUCCAAACAAUAAUGGACAGCACCAAAGGGAAGAAUCAUCAUCGAAAGAGAGGUCAGUUUCUCCUCACAGUGUGAAGAAGAACACAGACGUUUCAGAGGCUGACCAGGACAAAGAGAGUGGGCCUGAAGAGUGGGAGAGUGAAGAUGACACCGAGGGAGAGUGCUGGUACCCAAAGAACAUGGAGGAGCUUGUCACAGUAGACGAGGUCGGAGAAGAGGAGGACUCCAUAAUUGAGCCUGACAUACCGGAGCUUCAGGAAGAGUCUCUCAGAGAGGAGACUUCACCUGCAGGCCAGACAGAGGCCAAACCUGACGCCAAACCUGACGCCAAACCUGACGCCAACCCCACGGCAUCCUCCGAUGUGGGGGUGCAGCAGAAAAAGGACAGCCAGGAUGGCUCUCCUCCACGGGAAAACUCGGACGAUGCCUCAGCGGCCGAUUCUUCCAAGGAGACCCAAGAGGACAAAAGUACAUUGGAGCCUGCUCAGGGCUCGGACCUCAACCAUUUCCCCAACCAGGAGUUUAAGGCGGCUUUGGAGGAGACGUGUACUGUGUCAGACAUGAGUGGUGCUGAUGCUGCCGUAUCAGUGCCAGACUGCCUUUCAAAUCACCAUGGUGAAUGUGAUGGUGUCAAGCCCACGGAGACAAACAGGGAUAAUGACACGGAGAAAUCAGGGCACGUGACAGAGAGUGAACACAAGGAGACUCUAAAGGAGGACAGCCAGUGUCAAAAGAAAGACCUCAUACAUGGUCAUUCACCACUUCGGAUAGAUGCUGAGGCCCCUUCGCCAUCCCGGGAACAAGAUAAAGUGAUCAAUGAGCACACUAUACCACUGGGUGUGGAGUUUAUUGUGCCUAGAACAGCCUUCUACUGUAAACUGUGUGGACUCUUCUACAGCAAUGAGGUGGUGGCCAAAACAACCCACUGCAGAAGCACAGUUCAUUACAGGAAUCUCCAGAAAUACUUGUCUCAGCUGGCAGAGGGAAGCCUAUUCAUUGGACAAAUGGACCCGUGUGGCUCAGAGUGAUGGGUGGGAAGUGGCAAGUAAUGGAUGAUGAUGACUGUAUGCAUUCAGCCGCAGACUGAAUAUCAAGACAAGAACAUGUGACGAGACAGGGAGGACAGGAAGAUCAAUAGUGUCAGUGGGUGGUAGUCAGAAAACGAUACGGGUGAAAGAGGGAGAGAAAGAACGAGAGAAAGAACGAGAGAGAAGGAAAGCUUGAGAGAGGGGGUCAGGAUGGGGCCUCCAACAUCUCAUUAGGGAGGAGACGACUCAGGGGGACGAAGGGCAAGCCCUCUACAUGAUGAAUAACACCCGGAGUUCGCCACGCGAAACGUCAAAUUACUGUAGUGUUACAUCUACACAGUAACUCACACAAUAACAUAACUUUGAGGAAAACAUUUGCCAGAGCGUAGUAACACAGAGAGAGGAGUCUAUAAAGACCUCUUGUUGCCUUAUGCCAUGCAAUGGGUAUUUUUUUCCUCAAGGGCCAUUAAUGCACUGAAUAAAAAUUCUUACAAAAUUCAGGAAUAAAAAAAAAUGUAUUUUUUAUUUCUAUUAAGAUAUUAUAUUGUGUAUCUACAAUACAUAUAUUUAUGUAAUUGCACAUACAUAGUGCCUUGCUAAAUGUCUGAAAUGACCUAAAUUAGUUUAGUACAUCCAAAACACCAAGGCCUUUAAUUGUUGAGUCAACUUUGAAGACUGUGUUUCCUCACUGCAGUAAAAAAAAGGCACAGAAGUAUCCUCAGGUAGUUCUCUAAUGUUGUUAAAUACUUGUGAAUACAUUUUGAUGCAAAUAUUUCUUCAAAUGCUUUGUACUUUUUGUGGAUUGUAUAGACUGUCAUUUCGUAUUUUGUUCUGUUUUAUGGGGUGAGAUUUAUUUUCUUGCUGACUGUUACCAAAAUUGGCUGUUCAAGUUAAUUCCCUUCAUAUGUGCUCUUCUGUCUCACACGAUAAAAUAAAAUAAAAAGUAGUGCCGUGGAGCCAUCAGUAUAGACUAAAAAACAAAUGCAUUGUCUCCAUGGUGAAUGCUUUAACUGUAGAGAUACUGGACCAUGCAUUUUAUUUAAAAAGAUGUAAAAAAAAAUAAUAAUAGUAAUUUACAAACAAAAAUAAUUUAUUUCUGGUGGUAGUUUGUAAAUGAGUGAGUAGGUGCUGAGGGCAGGGGGGAUGCCCUUUGUUUUAUAUACUGUGAAUACAUAUGUUAAAGGUGUGACAAGACUUCCGUUUGUUUUGUUGGUCAUUUUGCUAUUUGAUGUUUGGAAGCAGUCAAUAAACUUUUUUGGAACAGCCUA